CGCCGCGCGCGGGUCGUUCCGCCGCCGGCCCGAACUGAGGCGAGUCGCCGCCGUCGCCGCUGCCCGAGCCCGGCCGCUUCCGCCGCCUCCUCCGCCGCCGCCGCCAUGGCCCGACGCCGCCGCCGCCGCUCGCCAGUCCCUGCGGCCCUUUGCUCUUGACCGGUAGUCUCCAAACUCUGGCAGCUUUAAGCGUGAUUGGCUGAGGAAUUCUGGGAGUUGAAGUCCCAGUCUUAAAGUUGCCAAGGCUGGAGACCCCUGCUCUAGACGGCAGCUUCCAUCUUGGCACGUCCAGGCCGUGUUCACCCUCCUGGCUUGCUGGCCUCCCCUCCCAUGUUCUUCGCAGAAGCGGUCGGGGCCACCCCCAGCCAGCCUGGCUCUCCAGUCCUGUAAAAACUUGGCUUGCCUGAUGCCUGUCAUUCCUAUCCCACGGCGGGUUCGCUCUUUCCACGGGCCCCACACGACCUGCCUGCAUUCGGCCUGCGGGCCAGUCCGGACCACACCCUUGGUGCGCACCAAGUACAACAACUUUGACAUCUACCUGAAGUCCCGCUGGAUGUACGGGGUGAUCCGCUUCUUGCUGUACUUCAGCUGCAGCCUGUUUACCUCCGUCCUCUGGGUGGCACUGGCGGCCUUGUUUUGCCUCCAGUACCUCAGCAUCCGGUUCUUUCUCCGCUUCCAAUACAAACUCUCUAUUAUCCUGCUGCUGAUGGGAAGGCGGCGGGUGGACUUUAGCCUGGUCAACGAAUUGCUCAUCUACGCCAUUCACGUCACCAUGCUGCUGGUGGGUGGGCUGGGCUGGUGCUUCAUGGUGUUUGUCGAUAUGUAAAUAAAGGUCGAGGAGAGCCAGAGCCAGGCUGACCCUUGGCCUGGGGGGGUCAGGUCCAUCUCUGAUUCUCCACUCUCCUCCUGUAACCUCUCUCUCUCUCUGUCUCUCUCUCCGUCACUCUGGGUCAGCUUGCUUAGGACAAAGGCAGGUUAGAGAGAAAGCAGAUUGACUCUUCUGAUCACCUUGCAAAAGUCAGGGAAGGCUGACGCUUCUCUGGAAGAUUGAUUGGCACCAAAUGUUGCAGUUUCUCCUCUUCCCCCCCCCCCCAACUGCCUCCUCUUUAUGGGUCCUGCAUUUGUUUGCUUCUGGUUUUGAGUGUUCGGAAGUCUUCUCUUGAGUUCUUAUUGGGUCGAUCGUCUUUGUUCAUUUAAUAUCUGGGAUGUUUUUGUUCAUCGAAUGUGUUUUUAGAAACAUCUCUCCUUCUCCCCACAUCCCUUACUCCCCCCCCCCC